CACACAGCACAAAGCUGCAGGGAAGUCUCAGAGACUUCAGGCAUGGCGUGAAUGAUGUGAGGAACACGGAAAGAAAGUUUAAAAACAACAACUACAACAAAAAAAGAAAGGUUAAAAGUACGGGUGGAUGCUUGACUUGGUACCAGGAUGGAGCUCGACUCGGUCCAGAUGGGAAAAGUGGAAAGUUCUGCGUAUCAGUUACCAAAGUACCAACCUAGCUAGCUGAGCUAAGCUAACCAACCAACUUUUACUAACGACCUAGCUCGUUAGCUAACUAAAACAAAGCACAUGGAUGAAUUCCUCUUACUUCUCUUGAGAGUUAUGUGUGCCUCGUCUGAGCCUAAAACAAGGAGACUUCUGGUGCAGACUUUUGCCUGGAAAGUUUAGCGUCGCAAAUGCACACGAACAACGAGCUAGCUAGCUAGCUUAAUAAAUAAACAAACAAAUAAACCUGUACAGUGUAAAGCAUGUCUGAUCCAAGUUGCUGGAGUGCAGGGACGAGCAGCAAGGCUCAUUUCGUCAGUGGGGUGAUGCUUAAGAGAUCCAAAAGUUGCCGCAGCAGCAGGAAGAACCUCGGGGUUGGGACGCCUUCACCGACGCGCCCUCUCUCACCCCUGUCAGUCCACACAGCUGCCAGCAGUCCUUUAGACAGCCCGAGAAAUGUGUCAGCCAUCGCCUCCCUCAACUUUCCUUUUGCCCGCAGCCACCUGGCUCGAACUGACAGGGCGGAAGGUAGAAGAUGGUCACUGGCAUCUCUUCCAUCAUCUGGCUAUGGGACCAAUCCACCAAGCUCCACCGUCUCUUCGUCCUCCUCUUCCCAAGAACGCUUGCACCAGCUUCCAUACCAACCCACGCAAGACGAGCUCCACUUCCUGUUCCGACACUUCCGUAGCUCGGAGAGCAUGACCGAUGAGGAUGGGCGAAGCUCUUCUUUUAUACGCCCCCGCUCCCGUAGUCUUAGUCCUGGACGAACCAGUGGCUCCUUUGACAGCGAAACUGUGAUGAUGAAUCAUGUUUACAAGGAGAGGUUUCCUAAGGCGACGGCGCAGAUGGAGGAGCGCUUGCUGGACAUCAUCACACACUGUUCUGCCGACAGCACUUUACCUCUGGGAGAUGGAGUGCUGGGUUUCAUCCAGCACCAGCUGGUGGAGCUCGCUAGGGACUGUCUGGACAAGUCACAGAAAGGCCUGAUCACCUCCCUCUACUUCCUAGAGCUGCAGGAGAAUCUUGACAAGCUGCUACAUGAGGCGCUGGAGCGUUCCGAGAGUGAGGAGGUCACAGUCAUCACCCAGCUGGUAAAGAAGAUUCUCAUCAUCAUAUCGCGCCCUGCACGGCUGCUGGAAUGUCUGGAGUUCGACCCUGAAGGGUUUUAUCACUUGCUAGAGGCAGCAGAGGGUCACGCUAAAGUCGGCCGAGGCAUCAAAACCGACAUUCCACGUUACAUCAUCAGUCAGCUGGGCCUCAAUCGAGAUCCCUUAGAUGAAGUGAGUCAGCUAGAGGAAAACUAUGAUACUGGGCCCUCCCUUAACGCGGACACAGAGGAGCAUGAUCUGCACAAGUCUGUGCUCACCCCGCCUCGAAGGAAACCACUGGAGAGUGACUUUGAAACCAUAAAGCUGAUCAGUAACGGAGCCUACGGAGCCGUAUAUCUGGUGAGGCACAAAGAAACCCGGCAACGGUUUGCAAUGAAAAAGAUCAACCGGCAGAACCUGAUAAUGAGGAACCAGAUCCAGCAGGUGUUUGUAGAGAGGGACAUCCUAACGUUUGCAGAGAACCCUUUUGUCGUCAGUAUGUUCUGCUCUUUUGAGACCCGUAGACACCUCUGCAUGGUCAUGGAGUACGUGGAAGGCGGUGACUGUGCAAAUCUGCUCAAAAACAUGGGCCCCCUGCCUGUUGACAUGACCAGACUGUACUUUGCGGAGACGGUUCUAGCACUGGAAUACCUUCACAGCUAUGGCAUAGUGCACAGAGAUCUCAAACCUGACAACCUGUUGAUAACCUCAAUGGGGCACAUUAAGCUGACGGAUUUUGGCCUGUCUAAGGUCGGGCUAAUGAACAUGACGACGAAUCUCUAUGAAGGCCAUAUUGAGAAAGACACCAGGGAGUUCAUCGACAAGCAGGUUUGUGGCACGCCUGAAUACAUUGCUCCAGAGGUUAUCCUCCGGCAGGGUUAUGGCAAGCCUGUAGACUGGUGGGCGAUGGGAAUCAUACUGUAUGAGUUUUUGGUGGGGUGUGUGCCCUUUUUUGGAGAUACACCAGAGGAACUCUUUGGUCAGGUUGUCAGUGAUGACAUCAUUUGGCCCGAUGGGGAUGAUGCGUUGCCAGUGGAUGCCCAGGAUUUGAUAACACGCUUACUGAGACAAAGUCCUAUUGAACGACUCGGGACAGGAGGAGCAACAGAGGUCAAACAGCACACGUUCUUUACUGGCCUGGAUUGGAACGGGCUGCUUCGCCAAAAAGCUGAAUUUAUCCCACAGUUAGAAGGGGAUGAUGACACUAGUUAUUUUGAUACUCGAUCUGAUCGCUAUCAUCAUUUGGUUUCUGACGAAGACGAUGAAACAAACGAUGAUGAGUCUUCCCUUGAAAUCCGAAGGUUUUCCUCCUGGUCGAAUCGUUUCAGCAAGGUAUAUAGCAGCACGGAAUAUCUGGCCACGCCGUCCAAUCUGAGUUUCUCGUCUGACCGAAGUCACAGCGAAGAGCACGAGGACCGGUCAGACGGCCGAGAGAGCCACUCACCUGGAGAGAUGCACAGACAGAGCAGCACAGGCGCCCCGGAUACCAGGAGACUCUCAGGACAGCGACCAUGCCUGCGACCAAGAGCCUCAUCCAGCUCCUCUCAGCCGGAUAGGUGUGUAAGCCCUCUGGUGGCGAGCAGUACACACAGCCUGGAAGCCAUGCCACGUGUUGCGCUCUCCACUGAUGAUGAAGCUGAGGUGGUUGUAUCCAACCUGCGACGAAUCAGGCUGCGUAGCAACAGUACAGGAACAAAGCACUCGUCUCCAAGGGAACACGGCAGUCCGAGAUGUUUUGGCAACCAGUUAGAAACGCCUGACAGACAGCAUCUCUCUCCAGCAGGCAAGGUGCCAAAAUCUGCGUCUGUCUCGACACUGUCCCUCAUCAUUACUCCAGAUGACACGAGUGGAGGUCUUCAAGCCAGCCCCAUUUCCCCACACUCCAUUUCUUCCAAUCCCUCAUCUCGAGAUUCCUCCCCGAAUCGAGACCUGUCUCUCAGCUUCAGCUGCCUGCGUCCUCCCAUCUUCAUCCAUAGUUCAGGCAAGAAGUUCGGCUUUACCCUGCAGACUAUCCGUGUCUACAUCGGUAACAGCGACGUAUACACCAUCCAUCACAUGGUCUCGAGUGUGGAAGAAGGCAGUCCUGCUCAUGAGGCUGGCCUGAAAGCCGGAGAUCUGAUCACUCACGUAAACGGAGAGUCAGUGCAAGGACUGGUGCACACAGAGAUGAUGGAGCUACUACUAAAGAGCGGUAACAAGGUGGCCUUGCAGACCAUUGCUCUGGAGGACACAACAAUUAAAGUCGGGCCGGCACGGAAGACGAGCCACAAGGGCAAGAUGGCCCGUCGCAGCAAGAGGAGCAGGAGAAAGGACAACCAGGACCGACGGCGGAGCGUCCUGAAGAAGCUGUCCAAGCAGGGCACCGUAAUGCACAGCAGCCGCAGCUUCUCCUCUGGCCUCCAUCACUCCGUGUCCUCAAGCGAGAGUUUGCCUGGCUCCCCCACACACAGCCUGUCCCCUGGACCCUCCACACCGUGCCGUAGCCCGGUUCCAGACCUCGCUGCUGAUAUAGUCACCCAAAGUGGCUCUCCAUGCUCCAGCUCACCAAGUUCUCCAGCUGUCCAAAUGCGCCCGAGCUCACUACAUGGUCUGGGAUCCAAACUGGGCGCUCAGCGCUACGCUAAAGUCGGUCGGCGCAAGUCAACCAGCAGCAUCCCACCGUCACCGCUGGCCUGCACUUCCACCCCCCAGGCCCUGUCUCCUCAGCACUCUUCCUCUCCUUUACCCAGCAUCACCAAGACCCUUCAUUCCUACCAUGUUAAAACACUGUCUCCUCCCACUAUCGUUCGCCAUGGGGUUCGACCACGCAGCACCGAGAUUCCCGUCUCCCCCCUGUUGAAGCGGGUCCAGUCUGCUGAAAAGCUCUCUGGUGUCUUCCACGGAGACAAAAAGGGCCACGGUCCACGACGGCACACUUUAGAGGUGCCUUACUGCGAGAUGGACAUGAGUGGCGAUGCGGAGGCAGAGUCCCAGUAUGGCUCUGAUCACGGCAGACUCGGGGGAUUCGCCGCCGGACAGAUUGUGGUGAUGCGAAAGCUCAACCUGUCCGAACGCCGCGACUCCUUCAAAAAGCAGGAAGCUGUACAGGAAGUGAGUUUCGACGAGCCUGAUGAAAGAGCCGGACAGACUCCGGUCACACCGAGCAUGCCAGAUGAUGCUCGGUCCAAACACAAGGCUGAGUGGAUGGUUCCAGAUUCGCAGUCCAUGGAGGACUGUGUGGUCAGGAGAGUCCCUCUGGUUCCUCAGAUUGCCGUUCAGGGCUCGGAAAGUGAGGAAAUGGAGGACUGGCAACCAUGCUCUGACGAGGAAGCCGAUGGGAAAAACACAAGCGGCAGUCUGGACUCGCACCCAGAAGACAAGGGGGGACAAGAGAGUGCAAGUUCUUCCAGCAUUUCCACAUCAGACGGCUCAUCGUUAGCGUCCAAAAGCAAAGAUCACAUUACUGACUCGGAAGAAACCUCAAGCAUGAGUCCAAGGAAGGGGAAACUCCGAGGAAAAUGACUCGGCCCACGUUGAUGUCACUUGAAUAUUCCAUACUCAAGAGUUGAUGAGGAGGGUUACCCAUAGUCCUUUCCUCAUGAGUAUAAUUAAGAGCGAUUGGGUUGGAAUGCCACUUAGUGUCUUGUAAAUUCAAUUUUUAAAAAAAUGAAGUAAGCUAGAUUUUUACAGGGGAAUAUUUAUAAUUUUUUUAACAUGUCAGAAUUCUAACGAUGGUGAAAAAAGCAACCUGAUGGUAACCAGCUGGUAUUUUGAACCAUCAAACAGGGAAUGACUUUACGUUUUUAUGAAAUUGUAUUUUCAGGCAGAAUAUCGAGUUUGUAUCUCAAGCGUAGCUAACAUGGUGAACUAUCACACAAAAAGUCUAGGUGCGAGAAGGAGAAUCAUGUAGUGACUUAAGCGAGGGCUAACAAACAAAUGCGUUUAGUCGGUCAUGGUUUUCAACUCGUCAGUAUUUCUGGCUUGUGCAACUCUCCCUUCAGUCUAAUCCAGUUCUCACAGCUGCAUGCAUAAAUCUUACUGUUGUAUUCGGUUCAGUGUAGGGUUUUUGUUUUAUUUUUGUUCUGUUUUUUUUUUUUUUUUUUUUUUUGUGUGUGAUCCACUGCAUUUCGCACCAUCUAACCCCACUUUGGUUGCGUAGGGUAAGGAUAUCUCGGCUCAGGGCUUUCGGCUGUAGACAUUUCACAGUUCCCUCGGUGUUUGCAAAACGUUUGAUUUAUUAGCAGCAGGUGUAGUGUGUUUUUUUUUU